AUGAGCAAUUACCAGAAGUAUGAAGAAAUAUGUUCAGUUAACAAAUUCAAGAGUAGAGAAUUGACGUUGAUUUCGUCCUUUAUAGCAGAAGAUUGGAGAACCAACUCACCGUGCCUAGUAGUGGAAGGACCAAACUCUUCUGGCAAAACCUAUACAGUAAGGAAGUACUGCGAUUAUCUUAAGGAAAAGAAUGAUAUUGACUACGUGAUGAUAGAAUGUGAUUACUGUUUGACACGACGGCGUGUGCUGCAAAUGAUCUUACGAUAUAUGUAUAGGGCUGUUGGAGUGGACGAGAGUCGGAUGAAUCGGGUAGCCAAUCGUUCCGAGAACCUAUCGAACUUUGUCUAUUCGAUGAAGCGGGUAAUCAGCAACGGUGACGGAAAGAAACGGAAACGAUUGACAACGCAGCCGACGAUCUUUAUACUAGAUCGAUUGGAUAAAAUGGCUGCUGGAGAACAACCAGAAGAGAUUUGUACAGCGUUAGCGAGAUUGCACGAGCAGAGUAUACUAUUUGCAGGAUUCAGUUUUAUAUUUAUAGUGAACCGGGCAGAUCAUAUGGAUAUUUCGACGAUGUCGUUACCGACGGUAGAGUUUGAGCAUUACAGCUGUGAUGAAAUCAAAAUGAUUAUAGUAGAGUCGUUUGUUAAGCAGCAAUGGAUAGAGAAAACCGUUAAGAAAUUGAACAGCAGUCGAAUUGGAGAGACGCAAUUGAAGCAUUUCGUGAAAAGUUACGUGGAGUACAUGGUGGAUACUUACGGAUCGUAUUUUGGACGUAAUAUUGAGAUGGUAGUUCCGGUAUUGAAGAAGAUAUGGCCUGUAUUUUAUGAGCCCGUGAAGAGAAGAGGAUCAAUCAAACCGCGAGUGAAUGAUGUGUUGACAUCAUUUAUGAAGAACAAGAAACUAUUACAGACUGAGAUGGGAUUGGUAAAUCGAUUGGAAGAGACGGAUCGAAGUAUUAUUGAAGAAGAAAAGAAGAGGAAAUAUGAGGAGUUAGUAGCCACGGAUGAUAACAGUCGAGGCCAUUAUGAUCUAUCCAAUAGGACAAAGUAUCUUAUUAUAGCGUCAUACUUAGCAUCAUUCACCGAGAUCAAGUAUGAUAUGGCGAACUAUUCGAGGAAUCGAGAAAUGAGGUCGAAUAGAAGGAUUAGAUUCCACAGGAAAAAGAGAUACGAGGGUAAAACGCUUAGCAGUAGGUUAAUGUCACCUCAGCCUUUCACUUUGGAGAGGAUGUUGGCUAUCUUGAGGGCAAUUUAUAAAGAAUUCGACCAGAAGGUUGCACUCAACAACGAUGUGGAGUUAAUGAAUGAGAUGGCCACAUUGACCAAUCUCAAGACAUUGAUCAAAUUGAGUGGCAAUGAUACAAUUGGUGGGGGUACCAAGUGGAGAAGCAACGUUCAAUGGACUGUGGUAAAGAAGUUUGCGAAUGAUCUUGGUUUCAAAAUAGAAAACUAUCUUCAGUGA